AUGGAUGAAGAAUACGAUGCAAUCGUCUUGGGUACCGGGUUAAAAGAAUGCAUUAUAAGUGGAAUGCUCUCUGUGUCCGGUAAGAAAGUACUGCACAUUGACCGUAACAAGUAUUACGGUGGAGAAUCUGCGUCAAUUACCCCUUUGGAAGAUUUGUUCGCAAAGUUCAACGCUCCUGCACCGGAUGAGACCUAUGGACGUGGCCGCGACUGGAAUGUGGAUUUGAUUCCCAAAUUCUUAAUGGCAAAUGGUUUACUUGUCAAACUGUUGAUCCAUACGGGCGUCACCCGGUAUUUGGAGUUCAAGUCAAUUGAAGGAAGCUAUGUAUAUAAAGGAGGCAAGAUCUCAAAAGUUCCUGUCGACCAGAAAGAAGCUUUGGCAUCUGAUUUAAUGGGUAUGUUUGAAAAGCGACGUUUCCGUAACUUCUUAAUCUAUGUCCAAGAUUAUCAAGAAGAAGACUCCAAGACGUGGAAGGAUUUCGAUCCCACCACUGCCAAUAUGCAAGCGCUCUACGACAAGUUUGGUUUGGAUCGAAACACUCAAGACUUCACCGGACACGCUUUGGCUCUUUAUCUCGAUGACAACUAUCUUCAGCAACCUGCAAGCCAAACAAUUCGGCGCAUAAAGCUUUAUUCCGAUUCGCUCGCGCGUUAUGGUAAGUCCCCUUACUUGUAUCCCAUGUACGGCUUGGGUGAGUUGCCCCAAGGUUUUGCACGUCUUUCUGCUAUUUAUGGAGGAACAUAUAUGUUGGAUAAACCAAUAGAUGAGAUUGUGCUUGGAGAAGGGGGAAAAGUUGUGGGAGUUCGCUCUGGAAAUGAGAUAGCCAAAUGUAAACAAGUAUACUGUGAUCCCAGUUAUGUUCCUGAUCGGGUCCGUAAGAAGGGUCAGGUAAUAAGAUGUAUUUGCUUGUUGGAUCAUCCAAUCAACAAUACAAAAGAUGCUUUAUCUACUCAAAUCAUCAUUCCCCAAAAGCAAGUUGGGAGAAAUUCGGAUAUUUAUGUGUCUGUGGUGUCUUACACCCAUCAAGUUGCAGCUAAAGGCUGGUUUGUGGCUAUGGUCUCUACAACGGUCGAAACUAACGACCCUGAAUCAGAGAUUAAACCAGGCAUUGAUUUAUUGGGUCCUAUCAGACAAAAAUUUGUAUCUGUGUCUGACUAUUAUGAACCAAUAGAUGAUGGCAGCCAGAGCCAAAUCUUUAUAUCUGAGUCUUACGAUGCUACUACUCAUUUCGAAACAACCUGCUUAGAUGUUCUCAAAAUUUACAAGAGGGGAACCGGUGAAGACUUUGAUUUCUCCAAAGUGAAGGUUGAGCUGGGAGAAGAAGAACAAUAA